AUGUACCGUAUGAGUUCGCUACAAGAGGGCCGCAAUCCUGUCCGUGGAUACCUACCGCACUGGUGUGACACAUGCAGCACCGGGAUGUGGAUCAUCACUCCAGUAGAAAUUUGGGCGUUACAUCCUGGUUGGCGAACACCCAGAAGAUCUGGCAUUAAUAUACUGCCCUGCCCAUUUCAGCAUUUUUUCUUUGAUAAUCCUUAUACUCGAAUGCAUCCUCAAUACGAUGAUGGCCUGGAGAAGAUCAUUCAAAAAUUAGAUGCAUAUUUAUAUCUCGAUGAGAAAGGAAUUCCGCAAUUGUUAAAUGUUUAG